AUGGUGGAGAGGGAUGGGGGCUUGUCUUACCGAUGGGCUGUGGCUAGGCUUCUCAGUGGCUGCCCCAAGGCAGGUUCUAUCCCUCCUAAACAUGAACAUAAUUUGCUCUAUUUCAGCUUGGCUGAAGAGGAAAUAAAAACAGAACAGGAGGUGGUAAAGGGCAUGGAUAUUUCUACUCGCUCCAAAGAUCCUGGCUCUGCAGACAGAAUAGCCCAGAAAAGAAAGCUCCCCAGCCCCCCACAUUCUUCCAAUGGCCACUCACUGCAGGACAACUCUACAAGCCCCAUUAAAAAUAAAAAGAAGCCCAGCUUACUGAGCAGCAACAGCAAGAAACAGGAUGGACGGAAUGAUUUCUACUGCUGGGUUUGUCACCGGGAAGGCCAAGUCAUUUGCUGUGAGCUCUGUCCCUGGGUUUAUCACGCUAAGUGUCUGAGACUGACAUUGGAACCAGAGGGGGACUGGUUUUGUCCUGAAUGUGAGAUUGCAGUAGCAGAGUGCAUUGAGACCCAGAGCAAAGCCAUGAAAAUGCUCACCAUUGAACAGCUCUCCUACCUGCUCAAGUUUGCCAUUCAGAAAAUGAAACAGCCAGGGACAGAUGCAUUCCAGAAGCCCGUUCCCUUGGAACAGUAUCCGGGCUACGCAGAAUAUAUUAUCCACCCCAUGGAACUUUGUACACUGGAAAAGAACGCUGAAAAGAAAAUGUACGGCUGCACGGAGGUCUUCCUAGCUGACACCAAGUGGAUCUUGCACAACUGCAUCAUUUAUAACAGGGGAAAUCACAAAUUGACGCAAAUAGCAAAAGUAGUCAUCAAAAUCUGUGAACACGAGAUGAAUGAAAUUGAAGUAUGUCCAGAAUGUUAUCUAGCUGCUUGCCAAAAAUGAGAUAACUGGUUUUUCGAGCCUUGUAGCAAUCCACAUCCAUUGGUCUGGGCAAAACUGAAGGGGUUUCCAUUUUGGCCUGCAAAAGCCCUGAGGGAUAAGGACAGGCAGGUCGAUGCCCAUUUCUUUGGAUAACACAACAUGGCCUGGGUUCCAAUAAAUAAUUGCUACCUCAUGUCUAAAGAAAUUCCCUUUUCUGUGAAAAAGACUAAAGGCAUCUUCAACAGCGCCAUGCAGGAGAUGGAGGUCUACGUGGAGAACAUCCUCAGGAAGUUCGGGGUCUUUAAUUACUCUCCCUUCAGGACGACCUACAUGCCCAAAAGCCAGUACCAGAUGCUGCUGGAUCCCGCCAACCCCGGAGGGCAGGCCAAGACGGACAAGCAGGAGAAGGUCAAGCUCAAUUUCUACACAACGGCCUCGCCCAAGAUCCUCAUGAGCAAGCCCCUGCUGGGCGCCGGCUCGGGCUGCCUCAUCUCUUUGUUGGACAUGCCAUGCUCGCCCAUGAGCACCAACUCUUCGGUGCACACGGGCUCCGACGUGGAGCAGGACGCCGACAAGAAGGCCACCUCCAGCCACUUCGGCGCCAGCGAGGAGUCCGUGGACUUCCUGGACAAGAGCACCGCCUCACCAGCCUCCAUGAAGACGGGACAGGCAGGGAGUCUGUCCGGCAGCCCGAAGCCUUUCUCCCCACAAGCGUCUGCGCACAUCAUGAUGAAAACGGACAAGACAUCCACCACCGGAAGCCUCCUGAACCUUAACCUGGAUGGUAGCAAUGCCGAGAUGGACCUGAAGGAUCUGAGUGAGUCCAUGCAGCAUCAGUCCACCCCGGCGCCCCUCAUCUCCCCCAAGCAGCAGAUCCACAGCAGGUUCCAACUGAAUCUCGACAAGACCAUAGAGAGCUGCAAAGCACAGUUAGGCAUCAAUAAAAUCUCGGAGGACGUGUACACGGCCAUGGAGCACAGCGACUGGGAGCAUUCCAAGAUGUCGGAGAGUAGUGACAGUAAGUACCUCAGUGACAACGAGCAGAAGUCCAAGAAUGAGCCAGAAGACGCGGAGGACAAGGAUGGCAGCACGCUGGACAAAGAGCCACCCGCUGCCAAAAAAAAGCCCAAGCCCGCCAACCCCAUGGAGGUCCCUGAGGAGCUGAAAACGUCUCCAGUCAGUGAGAAGGAAGAGCCCACGGCCGCGAAGGCCAACCCGGAGCCCGAGAGGGACCCUGCCGAGAGAGCAAAGCCAUCCCUGCAUCCCGCCAAGGACAAACUGAAGGGCAAAAAUGAGAUGGUUUCGAUGGUGCACUUGGGCCUGGACUCGGAUUCAGAGAGUGAAGUUGUCAUAGACUUGGGAGACGACCAUCCUGGGCAGGAGGGCCGGAAAAAUAAGAAGGAACCCAAAGAGCCACUUCCCAAGCAGGACGUCAUAGGUAAAGCGCCACUGUCCAUGACUUCGGGCAGCCAGUCUCCCCCCGAGAUGCUGGUGCUCACCCGCUCCUCCUCCCAAACCCCCGUGGCCGGCGUCCCGGCCAACACCAGCACAAUGUCCACCAUCACGGUCACCGUGCCGGUCACCGCGCCAGCCCCCGCUGUCACAGGAAGCCUGGUGAAAAAGCAGAGGCCGCUCUUACCAAAGGAGACUGCCCUGGCCAUGCAUCCGGUCGUGUGGAACUCAUCAAGUAAGUUUCAAACGUCCUCCCAAAAGUGGCACAUGCAGAAGAUGCAGCGUCAGCAGCAGCAGAAGAUGCAGCGUCAGCAGCAGCAGCAGCAGCCUCAGUCUUCCCAGGGGACGAGAUAUCAGACCAGACAGGCUGUGAAAGAUGUCCAGCAGAAGGAGGUCACACAGAGCCCGUCCAUGUCCACCAUCACCCUGGUGACCAGCACACAGUCAUCCCCCCUGAUCAGCAGCUCUGGCUGCACAAGCACCCAGUCAUCAGUCAGCGCCAACCUGCCCAUUGCUACCGCCUCGGCCGACGUCGCCGUCGACAUCGCCAAGUACGUGAGCAAA